AUGGUUUUGUACACAGCCCCCUUUUCUAAUAGCUUUCUGUCUGCCCUGCAUUCUGUGUCCUGGGCCCUCAUCUUCCCUUUCUACUGUCUAGUGGACCGGCUUUUGGCCCCCUUCACCUCUUUCAUUGGUGAUAAGUGUCGCCGGUCAGGCAGCCAGUGCUACCUUCAGCUGUUCUGCAUUGUCCUCUUCACGCCCAUCUACCUGGCACUCCUUGUUGCUGUGCUGCCCCUGGCAUUUCUCGGCUUCCUUCUCUGGUCCCCCCUGCAGUCUUUCCGCAGGCCCUAUAUCUACUCACGGCUGGAGGACAAGGGCCCGACUGGUGGGGCGGCUCUAUUGAGAGAAUGGAGAGGUACAGGUUCCGGCAAAAGCUUCUGCUUUGCCAGCGCCAACGUCUGCCUCCUUCCUGAGUCAUUUGCGAGAGUCAACAAUGUUUAUCACGUCCAAGCGCGAGCCAAAGAGAUCGGGCAGAGAAUCCGCAACGGAGCCAGCCGUCCCCAGAUCAAAAUCUACAUUGAUUCUCCCACCAACACCUCCAUCAGUGCAGCCAGCUUCAGCAGCCUGGUGUCACCACAGGGCAGUGAUGGUGUGGCCCGGACUGUCGCCGGGGGCAUUAAGAGGACAGCCUCAGUGGAAUAUAAAGGUGAUGGCGGACGCUGCCCCAGCGACGAGGCUGUGAACAGCCCAGCCGCCGGGGACCAGACCAACGGUGGCAGCCUGGAGGAUGCCUGCAUUGUACGUAUUGGGGGUGACGAGGUGGGCCGGCCGCCUGAAGCAGACGACCCAGCCAGUGACAGCCAGGCCAGGAAUGGGGCUGGUGGCACCCAGAAGGGCCAGACACCCAACAACAGCCAGCGAGAUGGAGAUUCAGGGAGCCUAGGCAGCCCCUCAGCCUCCAGGGAGUCCCUGGUGAAAGCACGAGCUGGAAUGGAGAGCAACAGCGGGGAACCCGGUACCACCAACAACAAGCUCCUGUACAAGGCCUCGGUGGUGAAGAAGGCAGCCACACGCAAGCGGCGGCACCCAGAUGAAGCCUUUGACCACGAGAUUUCGGCCUUCUUCCCCGCCAACCUGGACUUCCUGUGCCUGCAGGAGGUGUUUGACAAGCGGGCAGCCGCCAAAUUGAAAGACCAGCUGCAUGGCUACUUCGAGUACAUCCUGUAUGACGUCGGGAUCUAUGGCUGCCAUGGCUGCUGCUACUGCCACUGCUGCUGUCACGACUGCCACUGCAAAUGCUGCAGCUUCAAGUGUCUCAACAGUGGCCUCUUCUUUGCCAGCCGCUACCCCAUUAUGGAUGUGGCCUAUCACUGUUACCCCAAUGGGCAGCAUGAAGAUGCUCUGGCCUCCAAGGGAGCCCUAUUUCUCAAGGUGCAGGUGGGAAGCACACCUCAGGACCAAAGAAUCGUCGGGUACAUCUCCUGCACACACCUGCAAGCGCCAGCAAAGGACAGCAUCAUCCGCUGUGAGCAGCUGGACCUGCUUCAGGACUGGCUGGCUGAUUUCCGAAAAUCUACCUCCUCAUCCAGCACAGCCAACCCCGAGGAGCUGGUGGUGUUUGACAUCAUCUGCGGAGAUUUCAACUUUGACAACUGCUCCUCUGAUGACAAGCUGGAGCAGCAGCACUCCCUGUUUACACACUACAAGGACCCCUGCCGCCUCGGCCCUGGAGAGGAGAAGCCAUGGGCCAUUGGUACCAUCCUGGACACGGACAACCUCCAUGAUGAGGACGUGCGCACCCCGGACAAUCUGCAGAAGGCCCUGGAGAGUGAGGAAGGCCGCAGGGAGUACCUGGAGUUCCCCCGCAGCAAGAGCUCAGGAGCUUGCCAGAAGGGGCGCAAGGACCUGCUCAAGGGCAACGGCCGCCGCAUCGACUACAUUCUACACGGGGUAGAGGGGCUGAGCCCCGACUGGAAGGCCGAGGUAGAAGAAUUCAGUUUUAUCACUCAGCUGUCAGGCCUGACCGACCACCUCCCUGUGGCCAUGCGGCUGAUGGUGUCCAGCAAUGAGGAGGAGGCAGCAUAG